AUGCAUCCGCGCUCCACACUCAGCAGACCGUCUCCUAAGAGAAGCUCGUCAUGUGCGGGUCUCGACACUCUCGAUGAACUGCUCCAUACUUCGGACAAUGUGCAUCAUGUUCCAAAUCGUAAACGCCAUCAAAGUCUCACUAGUGACGACGGCUUUGGUGCGACCCCUUUUGCAAAGCCAAUGUCACCGUCUCGACACGAUGGUCCACCACCUCUGACAUCCUAUCCAGAGUCAUUGCACCGUCCUGAGCUCCCGCCCUUUGCUGAAAACUCACCUACCAGCGAAGGUUAUCAAUUGAUCCCGUCUUCUCCGUUCGAGGCCGAGCAUGCACAGUCAUCUUCUGGCCACGUUCAGGUGGUCGAUCUUGGUCAUGAUGAUUAUUCUGAUAGCCGCGACAUCAAUCACGAAGAAGAUCACAGCGACACGCUCAGGAACGAAUCAGGUGUUACUAGUGCCAAGUACGGUGGAGUCAACGAGCACGACGGUAACGGCCACAAUAUCGUGCCCAACUUGGCACCACAGGAACGUCAGGACGUGUUUGAGCCCACACCUAAGCUCGAUCAUGAUGUUUUUGCGGUACAACGUCUGGACCGUACCAUGUUCUUUCAGCCAUCGCUUAACUCGUCAGCUUACGAGUGCUCCCCACGAGAAGAAUUCCUCGUCCAGGCAUUUGGUCCCAGUGGGUUCAAGUUGCAUGGUGCAUCGGUGUCAAGCAACGAAGACUUGGACGAGAGUCUCAGUGAUGAUAGCAGCAGUAACAGCGACAAGAUCUGCAGUCCAUCCAGUCAUCACGGCGUGAGUGCAGUUACUGCUGAUGCAGAGCUCAAGAUGUCUUGCAACGGGCUGGAAGCUGAUCUCCGCGGGGUGAUGCAUCAAGACAUCCACCACCAGCAACACUCGCCACGGCGUCCGGAACUCGUGGAAUUGUCCCAUCACCCGUCUGCUAUAUCUUCACACGGUUCGUUCGGACCAAGCUGCAGUUCUAACUUCCUUCGAAGCAACGCGUUCCCGAGUAAGGGAAGCAGGGACGUUCAGCCGCCGACAAAAUGGCUUUGUGAUGAAGACGAGCGUCUCCGCGUAGCCGUGGCCCGUUUUGGUGGUAAGAACUGGAAGAUGAUUGCCGAGACGUUAGGGAAUGGGCGUACGGACGUCCAGUGUCUUCACCGCUGGAACAAGGUGCUGAAGCCCGGUUUGAUCAAAGGACCAUGGACCCCAGAGGAAGACGGCGUUCUAGCGGGCCUCAUCACUCGCUACGGUGUCGGUAAAAUUCGCUGGUGCGACCUUGCUCUGCACUUACCCGGACGUAUCGGUAAGCAGUGCCGCGAGCGAUGGUGCAACCACCUCGACUCUCGAAUCCGAAAGGGUCAAUGGACUUCCGAGGAGGAUGACAUGGUUUUCCGCUGCCAGCAGAAGCUUGGCAACAAAUGGAGCGAGAUUGCCAAGCUACUUCCUGGACGCACGGAGAAUGCGGUGAAGAACCGUUUCAACUCGGCAGCGCGUCGUAAAUGGCUAAUGAACCACGCGACACACAAGUCGUCGUCGACUGGGGUUGAGCAAACGCAGCUAACUUUGCCGACGUCAAGUUUACCAUUUCAGCUUCAAUCGCAACAACCAGAGCAACAGCCAAUGGUGCAGUCAUCCUUGAUGCAGGAGGAGGGCAACCCGUACAUUACUACCAAUGUGCUGUACGGAGGCGAGAAGGUCUCGCCACUUCCUCCAGCUGAGGCGUUCCUGGAACACCACUCGCACAAGUCGACCUCGCCACUUGAGUAUCAACACUUCAUCCAGCAUGUUUUGCCUGCAGGAGCUCCAUGUACAGGCGCACUACUGCCCGGUCACCAUGAACGAACACGCCCUGGUUUUAGUGCAGCUCUGGAUGCAGAAGGUGAACGAAGCUUUGGACAGCAAGAGCACGACAUAUCCGUUUUGACGACCAAGCGUGACGCGACAACGGCAACACCGAUUUUCGUGCCGCCUCCACUCGAUUCGUUGUUGUCCCUUCCGACGGCCAACACUAGCACCGGUGCCAUCCGCAGUUUGCAUCAUUCCCCAAACGGACAAGACGGAGGCGAAGCUACGAUCACUUCACUCUUUCCUGUCCCUGCUCACUUUCCAACUCGAGACGCAUCCGAAAACGAAAUGCCGCUGGAAAAGUCUACGACUGGAAACAUGGCCGCUAUCAAAACGGAUGACCUGCCGCUUCUUCAGCUGAAGGAAGAGAAGACAGAUCAAGACGGUCUCGUUCUCCACCGCACCACAUCUGAUGUCUCGGCAACAAGCUCGGUGACCGAUUCCAGUGUCUCCAUGGACGACGAAAAUAUGAACAGCUUUCUAGACAGUGUAGCACUCGAGCUCGACGACAUCAUGGAGUGA